AUGGAUGGUCCAGGUGGACGCAGGGACAAAGACCUGGUGAAGGUCAGGAUGGGGUUCUGUUGGAAAAAACACAAUGAGGCUUGCAGGUAUUCUACUAGCAUUCUACUGCAAUGACACAAACUGGCAUUCUACUAUCACUGCAUUGACAGAAACAAAAGCCAGUCAGGGGGGAAAAAGAGCCAACCACCAACAAACAUGUAAUCUGAUUACCCAAAAAACUAUAACUGUAAUCAAUUACUUUAUCAGCUAAAAUAUUUAUUGAAAUUACAGAUACUUUUGAUUACUUCUUAAAUACUUUUGAUUACAAGAUGAUUACUUCUUAGAUUACUUUACAAUUCAGAAAGGAGGUUUGCGGAAAAAUACAUUAUGACACCUUUCUGUUUUCUCAAUGACAUUCAAUUCAGCAUUGAAAAAGGCAUACAUUUAAGUUUGUUCCACCUGAACGAGUCUGACCACAAGUCAGAGACCAGUAUGAUGAUACACCAAUGUACAGUUGAAGUCGGAAGUUUACAUACACCUUAGCCAAAUACAUUUAAACUCAGUUUUUCAAAAUUCCUGACAUUUAAUCCUAGUAAAACUUCCCUGUCUUAGGUCAGUCAGGAUCACCACUUUAUUCUAAGAAUGUGAAAUGUCAGAAUAAUAGUAGAGAGAAUUAUUUAUUUCAGCUUUUAUUUCUUUCAUCACAUUCCCAGUGGGUCAGAAGUGUCACGCCCUGACUCAGGGGACGCUUAAAUGUUGAGUCAGGGUGUGUAUAUUCUUUGUUGUGCGUUUUCUAUGUUUGUAUUCUAGUAUGGUUCUAUGUUGGCCGGUGUGGGUCCCAAUCAGAGGCAGCUGUCGCUCGUUGUCUCUGAUUGGGGAUCAUACUUAGGCAGCCUAUUGGCACUAGUGGUUUGUGGGAUCUUGUUCCUUGUAAGGUAUGUUGUGUGUGCUACCUUGGACUUCACGUUUCGUUUCUUGUUUUGUCGAGAGUUUAUUGGUUUAAUAAACAUGUACGUAUAUCACGCUGCGCCUUGGUCUGUCCCGUCAUUAGACGAACGGGACAGAAGAUCCCACCAAACGAGGACCAAGCAGCGUGCCCAGGCGGAGCGAGUAGCCAUGUCACAGGUGGGCAAUUUGUGGUCAUGGGAAGAGAUAUUUGCGAGGAGAGGACCAUGGGCUAAGGUAGAUGCCCAGGCAGGAGAGGAGCAACGGCAACACGGAGGAGGCCGGUCGAGGAGGAAGCCCGAGAAGCAGCCCCAAGAAAAAUUUUUGGGGGGGCACACGGGGUGGUUGGCGGAGCCUAGGGUUAGAGCAGAGCCAACUCCCCGUACUCAAGGAAGCGUAUGACUGGGCAAGCUCCGUGUUAUGCGGAGCUACGUACUGUGUCGCCAGUGCGCCGGCACAGUCCUGUACGUCCUGUGCUUGCACCACGCACGUGCCGUGCGAAGAUGGGCAUCCAGCCAGGACGGGGUGUGCCGGCUCAACGCUCCUGGUCUCCAGUACGCCUCCUCGGUCCCACAUAUCCUGCGCCAGUUAUACGAACUCUAUCGCCAGUGCGCGUGCACAGCCCAGUGCGUCCUGUGCUGAUGCCUCACACAUACUGUGCGGAAGUAGGCAUUCAGCCAGGAUGGGUUGUGCCAGCUCUCCGCUCCAGACCUCCAGUCCGCCUCCACAGUCCGGCCCGGCCUGUUCCUGCUCCUCACACCAAGCCAGUGGUGCGCGUCGCCAGCCAGGCCCGGCCUGUUCCUGCACCUCGACCAAGCCAGUGGUGCGCGUCGCCAGCCCGGCCCGGCCUGUUCCUGCUCCUCGCACCAAGCCGGUGGUGCGCGUCGGCAGCCAGGCCCGGCCUGUUCCUGCACCUCGACCAAGCCGGUGGUGCGCGUUGCCAGCCCGGCCCGGCCUGUUCCUGCUCCUCGCACCAAGCCAGUGGUGCGCGUCUCCAGUCCGGCACGGCCCGUGCCCGUUCCACCGGUGCUUGGUCCGGCACCGGUCAGCUGCUCCACUCCGGAGCCAGAAUAGUCCGCUCCACCGGUGCCUGAUCCAGUGCCGGUCAGCUGUUCCACUCCGGAGCCGGAGCAGUCCGCUCCACCGGUGCCUGAUCCAGCUCCAGUCAGCUGCUCCACUCCGGAGCCAGAGCAGUCCGCUCCACCGGUGCCUGAUCCAGCUCCGGUCAGCUGCGCCACUCCGGAGCCAGAGCAGUCCGCUCCACCGGUGCCUGAUCCAGCUCCGGUCAGCGGCUCCACUCCGGAGCCAGAGCAGUCCGCUCCACCGGUGCCUGAUUCAGCUCCGGUCAGCGGCUCCACUCCGGAGCCAGAGUAGUCCGCUCCACCGGUGCCCAGUCCAGCUCCGGUCAGCGGCUCCAGUCCAGACCAUGACGUCAGCCCCUCUCCAGGUUCGGGGUCUCCCACACCAGGGUCCAGACAGGGCCUGGCGUAUCGUGGGAAGAAGGAGAGGGGAAGCAGCGCACCGAGGUCCAGACCAGACCAGGGGCGCAACAGGGAGGCGGAGAGUGAGAGGUCGUCACGCCCCGAGCCGGAUCCGCCUCCGAGGCGGAAUGCCCACCUGGCCCCUACCCUGUUAUGUUUAUGUUGUGCGGUCGGAGUCCGCACCUUUGGGGGGGGGGUACUGUCACGCCCUGACUCAGGGGACGCUUAAAUGUUGAGUCAGGGUGUGUAUAUUCUUUGUUGUUCGUUUUCUAUGUUUGUAUUCUAGUAUGUGUAGUUCUAUGUUGGCCGGUGUGGUUCCCAAUCAGAGGCAGCUGUCGCUCGUUGUCUCUGAUUGGGGAUCAUACUUAGGCAGCCUAUUGGCACUAGUGGGUUGUGGGAUCUUGUUCCUUGUAAGGUAUGUUGUGUGUGCUACCUUGGACUUCACGUUUCAUUUCGUUUAUUGUUUUGUUGAGUGUUUAUUGGUUUAAUAAACAUGUACGUAUAUCACGCUGCGCCUUGGUCUGUCCCGUCAUUAGACGAACGUGACAAGAAGUUUACAUACACUCAAUUAGUAUUUGGUAGCAUUGCCUUUAAAUUGUUUAACUUGGGUCAAACGUUUCAGGUAGCCUUCCACAAGCUUCUCACAAUAAUUUGGGUGAAUUUUGGCCCAUUCGUCCUGACAGAGCUGGUGUAACUGAGUCAGGUUUGUAGGCCUCCUUGCUCGCACAUGCUUUUUCAGUUCUGCCCACAAAUGUUCUAUAAGAUUGAGGUCAGGGCUUUGUGAUGACCACUCCAAUACCUUGACUUUGCUGUCCUUAAGCCAUUUUUCCACAACUUUGGAUGCAUGCUUGGGGUCAUUGUCCAUUUGGAAGACCCAUUUGCGACCAAGCUUUAACUUCCUGACUGAUGGCUUCAAUAUAUCCACAUAAUUUUCCUUCCUCAUGAUGCCAUUUAUUUUAUGAAGUGCACCAGUCCCUCCUGCAGAAAAGCACCCCCACAGCAUGAUGCUGCCACCCCCGUGCUUCACGGUUGGGAUGGUGUUCUUCGGCUUGCAAGCUACCCCCUUUUCCUCCAAACAUAACAAUGGUCAUUAUGUCCAAACAGUUCUAUUUUUGUUUCAUCAGACCAGAGGACUUUUCUCCAAAAAGUACGAUCUUUGUCCCCAUGUGCAGUUGCAAACUGUAGUCUGGCUUUUUUAUGGCGGUUUUGGAGCAGUGGCUUCUUCCUUGCUGAGCGACCUUUCAGGUUAUGUCGAUAUAGGACUCGUUUUACUGUGGAUAUAGAUACUUUUGUACCUGUUUCCUCCAGCAUCUUCACAAGGUCCUUUGCUGUUGUUCUGGGAUUGAUUCGCACUUUUCGCACCAAAGUACGUUCAUCUCUAGGUGACAGAACGUGUCUCCUUCCUGAGAGGGAUUACUGCUGCGUGGUCCCAUGGUGUUUAUACUUGUGUACUAUUGUUUGUACAGAUGAACGUGGUACCUUCAGGCAUUUGGAAAUUGCUCCCAAGGAUGAACCAGACUUGUGGAGGUCUACAAUGUUUUUUCUGAGGUCUUGGCUGAUUUCUUUUGAUUUUCCCAUGAUGUCAAGCAAAGAUGCACUGAGUUUGAAGGUAGGCCUUGAAAUACAUCCACAGGUACACCUCCAAUUGACUCAAAUGAUGUCAAUUAGCCUAUCAGAAGCUUCUAAAGCCAUGACAUCAUUUUCUGGAAUUUUCCAAGCUGUUUAAAGGCACAGUAAACUUAGUGUAUGUGAACUUCUGACCCACUGGAAUUGUUAUACAGUGAAUUAUAAGUGAAAUAAUCUGCCUGUAAACAAUUGUUUGAAAAAUUACUUGUGUCGUGCACAAAGUCGAUGUCCUAACCGACUUGCCAAAACUAUAGUUUGUUAACAAGAAAUUUGUGGAGUGGUUGAAAAAUGAGUUUGAAUGAUUCCAACCUAAAUGUAUGUUAACUUCCGACUUCAACUGUAUUUGAUGGAUAUGUUUUGUCUUCUUCUAAUGCCUCUUAAUGGUAAAGUAAUCCAAAAGUAACUGAAAGUAAUCCGAUUACGUUACUGUGUAAUCCAAAUGUUUACGUUACUGAUUACAAUUUUGGGCAGGUAUUUAGUAACUGAAACAGAUUACAUUUAGAAAGUACCUACCCAACCCUGUCCGUGGAUGGCUAAUUGGCAGAUAGGCCCUCCAAUGAGAGACUGGGAACAGUUUCAGUCUGGCCAAUCAUACAGUACGGACAGUAGUCCCUGGUGGAUAGAGCUAGAUUAAGCUGAGUUUGAGACUUUGUAUUUAGCCCAUUUUUUUAUUUUCUACUGUUAUGAGUUCAUGUGUGUGAGUGUGUGUGUGUGUGUGUUCGUGCCUGCGUCUGUGCCUGUAUCCGUGUUUGUGUAUAUAUAUGUAAACGUGCGUACACACACAUCCACUCACCACGCCCUUAGAGAUCAUGUUCGCCAUCAAACAGACGAGUGACCUCUGAGAGACUGAGAAGCAACUGAGAGUGGAGAUCAUAAAAAUCAAUGGAGCGCUCCAUAAACAUAAGCACACUAAUGCUCUUCCUGUGCACAAUUAGAUUCUGUUAUGGAGCAUAAUGGAGAGAUACAGAGACACACAGAUGCACACACACACACACACACACCCACACACACAUACACACAUACACACAUACACAUAGAUUCUGUUAUUACUAGUAAUGGGGAGAUGGGCAGGUGAAGGGGAUUGGAAAUGAUGGUAAUUGAAAAUUAAUGUAAUGAAGCGACAUACAAUCUCCAACAUCUGCUUUCCUGCCUGCUAGUUGUUCAUAGGGAGAAUAAUUACAUUGACAGGCAAUGCUGCUCUGGCCGGGACCUGGAGAAGAAAAGGUUGUUGGAUGAAUAACCUUAGUUGUGUGAAGUAAAGGAUUGAAUAUGUGUCUUGUAUUGACAACCGUUAAUUCAUCAAAUGGAUGUUAUAGAGUUGAAAUAAAUAGCCUCAAGGACAAAGUGCUACAUUUCAAUGCAACACAGUUUAAAUUCUACUCUGAAUAGAUUUACUUAGAAAUAAUAUAAUCUAGUCUCUACGUAUAUUUUGGGAUUGAUGGUUGCAAUAAAACAAUUAAAUUAAACUAAACUGAAAAUAUUCAAAUAAAGUGAAAUACUUAAUCUAAGAACUAUGAUAUAUUAGGGCUCAUGCAUAUCCCCUCGGCUCUAAAUCAUUUUCUAAUAUUUGUUUAGAAUAAUUAAAGGAAGAUUGCAGAAUUAGGUUGCUGUUAAACAUUCUGAUUUGUUUCAUCUAAAAGUCCCAAUACAGCAUAUUAUAUUUGUAUUUUGGGAGAAAUAUGUAUUUUAUCAAGUCGGCUAAGUGACAUACAGUGGGGAAAAAAAGUAUUUAGUCAGCCACCAAUUGUGCAAGUUCUCCCACUUAAAAAGAUGAGCGAGGCCUGUAAUUUUCAUCAUAGGUACAUGUCAACUAUGACAGACAAAUUGAGGAGAAAAAAAUCCGAAAAUCACAUUGUAGGAUUUUUAAUGAAUUUAUUUGCAAAUUAUGGUGGAAAAUAAGUAUUUGGUCACCUACAAACAAGCAAGAUUUCUGGCUCUCACAGACCUGUAACUUCUUCUUUAAGAGGCUCCUCUGUCCUCCACUCGUUACCUGUAUUAAUGGCACCUGUUUGAACUUGUUAUCAGUAUAAAAGACACCUGUCCACAACCUCAAACAGUCACACUCCAAACUCCACUAUGGCCAAGACCAAAGAGCUGUCAAAGGACACCAGAAACAAAAUUGUAGACCUGCACCAGGCUGGGAAGGCUGAAUCUGCAAUAGGUAAGCAGCUUGGUUUGAAUAAAUCAACUGUGGGAGCAAUUAUUAGGAAAUGGAAGACAUACAAGACCACUGACAAUCUCCCUCGAUCUGGGGCUCCACGCAAGAUCUCACCCCGUGGGGUCAAAAUGAUCACAAGAACGGUGAGCAAAAAUCCCAGAACCACACGGGGGGGACCUAGUGAAUGACCUGCAGAGAGCUGGGACCAAAGUAACAAAGCCUACCAUCAGUAACACACUACGCCGCCAGGGACUCAAAUCCUGCAGUGCCAGACGUGUCCCCCUGCUUAAGCCAGUACAUGUCCAGGCCCGUCUGAAGUUUGCUAGAGUGCAUUUGGAUGAUCCAGAAGAGGAUUGGGAGAAUGUCAUAUGGUCAGAUGAAACCAAAAUAUAACUUUUUGGUAAAAACUCAACUCGUCGUGUUUGGAGGACAAAGAAUGCUGAGUUGCAUCCAAAGAACACCAUACCUACUGUGAAGCAUGGGAGUGGAAACAUCAUGCCUUGGGGCUGUUUUUCUGCAAAGGGACCAGGACGACUGAUCCGUGUAAAGGAAAGAAUGAAUGGGGCCAUGUAUCAUGAGAUUUUGAAUGCAAGGGCAUUGAAGAUGAAACGUGGCUGGGUCUUUCAGCAUGACAAUGAUCCCAAACACACCGCCCGGGCAACGAAGGAGUGGCUUCGUAAGAAGCAUUUCAAGGUCCUGGAGUGGCCUAGCCAGUCUCCAGAUCUCAACCCCAUAGAAAAUCUUUGGAGGGAGUUGAAAGUCUGUGUUGCCCAGCGACAGCCCCAAAACAUCACUGCUCUAGAGGAGAUCUGCAUGGAGGAAUGGGCCAAAAUACCAGCAACAGUGUGUGAAAACCUUGUGAAGACUUACAGAAAAUGUUUGACCUGUGUCAUUGCCAACAAAGGGUAUAUAACAAAGUAUUGAGAAACUUUUGUUAUUGACCAAAUACUUAUUUUCCACCAUAAUUUGCAAAUAAAUUCAUUAAAAAUCCUACAAUGUGAUUUUCUGGAGAAAAAUAAUCUCAAUUUGUCUGUCAUAGUUGACGUGUACCUAUGAUGAAAAUUACAGGCCUCUCUCAUCUUUUUAAGUGGGAGAACUUGCACAAUUGGUGGCUGACUAAAUACUUUUUUCCCCCACUGUAUAAUGGCUAACACUAACAUUGGCAACCAUGAUAUCCUGCAAGUUAUAUCGGCCAUUGAAGUUCAGGCAGUUCAGCAACAAUAAAGACCUUGAAAUAAACAAUGACAUUAAUCCCUUUUUUUUUUUUACAAUUUAUUUCUGCUAAAUGUGCAGUAUACUGUUGAUGGAGUUGUUGUAGCUUGCUUGCUAACUUAUUCCAUCCCCAAACUCCAUGCUAGAUCUGUGUGAGUGGGCCAGUUCAUUUUAGAUGGGCCCGGUGCAUUUAGAUAGCUGGCUAUCUGCAUUUCUCAUCAUCUACUAGCAACAUAACAUGACAAAACUCUUUGUGCACUUUAAUACCUACUUACCCGAUUCACUUAGGCUCAGUUGUACAAAGUUUUCUUAAGGUAAUUCCUAUAUGCCAUGAAAAGGACAGAUAUACUGUAUAGUUUGAAUAUUACAUUCCUUUUAAUAUUUGGUGUAUAGGCAAAUAUUUAGAGCUAACACUGGGCUUUGAAACACCUCUUUAUUCUCUAUGAAGGACGUCUCAUCCUCAGAAGUAUCAGAAGACAGCAUUCUUUCUUUUCAGCUGUGAUUCGCUGAAUAUGAUUGCGUAAUGUGUGUGCGUGUGUGUGUGCAUGCGUGCAUGUGUCUGCAUGUGUGUGUGCGUUUGCUGUGCCCUUCUCUAGUUGGCGUCCUUUUCCUCUCAGGUAGUCUGCCUCGAGAGGCUCCUAGUGUUCUGUGUCCAUCUAUCUAUCUGCCUCCUGCCUCCCCACUCCCCACACACCUCUCCAAUAGGUCAUACAUUUGGCUCCUAACUAUGCCUGUCGAGCAGGGAUCAGAGAGAGAGAGAGGGAGAUUAGAUGAUGUGAGGUGGAUCGAUGGCUUAUGGCUGGCCAGACCUUGCUUGCACACGAAACACACAAACACAUGUGUGUGCACAUGCAGACACACAUACACACACUAGCAGGCACAAUCACAUACACACAUACACACAGACAUUAUGUUAUGCAGACGUCCUUUGUAGAGGGAAGGAGAAUGAUGAGGUAAUCCUCCUGGGACACCAAGUGCUGUUGACUGAACGACUGAGAGGCCUCCAUUUGAUGGAGGGGUAAAAAAGACAACAGAGCACAGAUGUCUCCAUAUCUCCUCAGUGUUUGGGGGAAGAUGUGAGAUGGAGACACAUGGAGAGAGAGAGAACCCAGCCAGACCUUGUUUAUUUAUUUAUCUAUGAUUUUAUUUAUUUAUUUCCUCCAUUUGCAGAGCGCAGCAAGGCGCCCCUUCCUGUUGUUACAGCUUGUUUGUUGCUGUUUGUUUACGCGACAGACAGACACUGACAGACAGACACUGACAGACAGACAAAUGCCUUCAUGGGGGGAGGCACUCAGAGAGGAGUACAGUGCAAACUGACAAAUUAGCAAAACGCUAAAUAUACACGUCACCAAUAACCCAGCGGACCUCGCCAUAACAAGACAUCGACAUGAUCCAAAUAUCCACCACCAAUUGAUUCUCUACUACUGUGGGAUUUUAGAGUGAAAUGGAAUGAGGACUUUUAAGACUCAGUCAGUCACGUUUGUCAGCCUGGGUCCGUGCUGGUCUAUAAAGCUCAGUGAGUCUCUGAGAUCUAUGCAGGGCAAAUAGUCUGCUGUGUGAAAGAUCUGGUCGCCAUGGGGAUGUGUCUGUCUGACUGUGUUAUCUGUUCAGAGCGGAGGCUGGCACAUCAGACAGUCGGUCGGUUGUAUCAACAGACUGGGAUAAUGAUAAGACUAAAGUCUAUGGUCAACUACAGCUCAAGACACUGUUGGGAUAAAGUUUGUCCAAAUGCAGGUGUUUUGGUUUUUUAUUUGGUCUGGUGUGUCUCUGUGUUAUCUUGUGUGAGUGUAUGUGCAUGCGUGGGGGUAAUAUUUGCUCAUAUUUAUCUGCUGUUUUAAAGAUUACAUUCAAUGUUUUGAAAUGAAUACAAACAAUGGCCUAAACUGCAAUUUACAGUUUGUUAAAGUAGAAUGAAAUGUACAUGACUAAUCUCUCAAUGUCAACUGUGUUUUGUCUUCUUCUUGCAGGUAUCCCCAAUAGCAUUGGUCCAGUUAGUAAGUAAAUCCAAAGCAGAAAAGAAAACACAGAAACUGCUUGAUGCUUUGCUAAGUCUUAUCAUAUCCCUCCCUAAAGUCCACUUGGUUUUAAAUGUUCAUUUCUGAUUUAGAUCCUCCAUUAUUCAUUAAGUGAAGGAUCAGUCAUAAUUGGUUUGGAAAUGUUCAUUAUGCCAGGGUUAGUUUAAUUCCCUGUUGUUUUCCUCCCUAAAGGAAUAAGCAAUAGCUCUCUGCCAUAUUGUCUAGAAUGCUCAGUGUGGAGGUGGACUAAAUCACCUUCAACAAGAUAAGCCUAGAUAGCAGCCAGACGCCUGAGCAUGCAUACAAAACAUGUUUUUGCCCCUAUGCAUUAUACAUAAAUGGCAUAUAGAGUUUAUGAAAGUGCCCAGACCUCAGUGGUGGAAUAAUGUCAGGGAGGUCAGUUUAAUAUGAGCGCUGGAUAUUAUCUGCUGCAGCCAGUCGCCCCUGGAGCACAGAGAGAGACAUCUAGAGAUGUAGUCUGUUGUUACUACAGCAGCCAGCUGGGACUGCACCUCAGGGGAAUAACAGGAGACACACACACCAAGGCUGCGUCUUUCCUCUAUAGUGCAUUACUUUUGACCAGAGUUCUAUGGGCCGUGGUCAAAAGUAGUGCACUAUAUAGGGAAUCGGGGGUGUCAUUUCAGACAUACACAGGUAUUGAACAAGUCAAAGUGCAUUCAGAGCCCCAGCCCAUUCCGCAUCAAUCCACCUAUCAAUCAACGUAUUGAUUGAUGUGGAAUUCUCCUGAGAUGCAGUCCCUAGCUAGCUCCCCCUCUAUGGGGGAAAAACCAAUAGACACAAAUCAGCUAAGAUGGACAGCAUCUCAUUAGUCUUGAAUGGUUUCCUCUCUUUGAUUCCUGGCUGUAUCUCCAUGACUGCAGAUAUCUAAAGGACUAGCUAGGUUAGAGCAAUAUGGCUACCAGACCUACCCAGUCCUUUUAUGUGUCAGCAUUCAUGAAGGGAAGGAGACAAGGAAAGGAAGCUGUUUAUAAGUAUUGGGACGUAGCCAUGAUCAGAAUUUACAAUGGUAUCCCUACAUUGGCUAGUCGGCUAGUUGGCGAUGAACUUUGAAACACAACUUUGAACCACAACAGUAACCACAACUGAGGUCAAACUAACGUAAAUGUAAACCGAUAAUUUGAUCCAAACAAUAACCAGUUUAUCAUGAAAAUUCAGAGAAAUUUGAUGUCAGAAAUUAGCAUAGAACCAAGUGGACCCCCUCCCUCCCCCUACCCCAACCCCGCAAUCUUAGAGAGCUGAAUGUGUUCAGUGUUUUCUCCUGCCUGUGCAUGGCCAAUGCUCUAUACAUAUGCUGCAUGCAUGUUCUUCAUACAUAUACAUACUGUAUAUGCUGUACAUACACCACUCACACAUCACACCCUCGCUAGCUCCUCCCCAACCCAACCCCACACCUAGUCAGACCAUCACCAAUGGCUGCUCUCUCUCUUAGUGGGGAGUGUCUGUAUUAUAGCCCGUCUGUCUGUCUGUGGGUGUGACUCACAGAAAGGACACACUCACUGACUGACUGACGAUGGCCAAGUCUGUAUGGUUCAUUCAGACCUGUAGGUAUUGAAACACUCACGAGAUGCUGUCUGUCUGUCUCUACACCAGCAGAACCAACCCCAUAACUACCACAACAUGAAACACUACCCAGCUUUGGUACUGUAGACACACCUAGGAUGAAGUUGGGGUAAAACAAACUGAAAUCGUGUGUAUGUAGCUAUGUCCUCUCAAAUAAAAAAGAACCAUCCAGAACACAGCUAAAUGUCCUUGAGGACAGAGCAGCAAACAGAAAAUGCUGCACUUUUUCAUAUUGUGUUUGAAAGUAAUUUAAUUCUUUAUUGACUUUUCCUCAAUUCUAUUUCAAGUUGAUUAAGCCAGCCAGAAUUGCCCUAAUGCAGCCAUUAAAGCAAAAUUAAUAUAAAAAAAACAGCUUCUGGGCUCUACGAGAUUACAUUUCAUUAUGACAGCAGCAUUGAUUAUAAUCCGUCACUUCUCAUUAAGCACGGCUUACCUGUAUUCUCCCUCACCUAAUAACUAAUAGAACAACAGAUGUGAUACUUAUUGGAUCGAAAUAAUGCUCUAAUUUCUCUAAUCAAAUUCCUCUAAUUAUGAUGCCAAUGAGAUUUUUUUUUAAUAUGACAACACCACAUGUCAAUUUCAUGUAUUUUUUUUCCAAUAAAGGAAGUAUUUGUGUUGUCACUGAGUUCUGGAUUUUACAAACAUUAUUCCUUUAUUGAUAUAAAAUGAAGUAGUGUGUCCUUUCUACCUGUUAUUUUGUUUGUUAGUUUUUUCUCCUUAUCCUGUAAAACAGAACUUCUCAUCACGGUUACUGAUCAAUAUCUCAACAGAACAUAUUCUCUUGAAAACAAUCCAAAACCCCUAAAUACUUACAAUAAAUAACUUGCUGGCCAAUAUUGGAUUCUGGCCAAUAUUGCUGAACAAUGUAUUUAGGACUGACAUGACAUACUAUGUACUUUAUCAGUUAUGGAGCUGUCAUGGAUAGGGUUUGGAUAGUAACUCAAUCAGUCAAACACUACAGUAUAUAAUGACUGUAUGUCUGUGUGCCUGAGUGCAUGCAUAACCAAACCCAUUAAUUACCCAUAUCCUUAACAAAACCGAACAUAUUACAAACAAUUAUACACACCACACGGUAAUGCUCACUAUCUAAUGGCACGGUAGUUAAGUUGCUUGCUGUGACACCACUGGACACUAAUCACCGGCCAAUGAUCACAUGAUCAGAUGACCACACUGAAGUCGGCGAUACUGCGACACAGAGACUUGGUGAUGCUUUAGUGGGGGGAUUACAAUACUAGAAUACAUGACAAGCCUUUCCUUCUGUCUCUGCUUGACUCAAGACCACUCCAUCCCUGAACCAACCCACCAACCACAACCACCAAACACCGCCAGUAUUUCCCCCGCCACGGAAAUACAGAAUUGUAUGUAAUUAGGUUACAGUACACCACAACUAUCAGUCAUUCCAACCCCUGACACACCACAUUAUGUAUUAAUCGUUAUUCCUCAACCAGAAAUACACUGUAAUUAGAUAUUGAUUGAAUAGUCAAUUUGAUGAAUUAAACAAAAUGCCUGCGACAACUUUGUUUUCUAUCUAUACACUCUUAGAAAAAAAGGUGCUAAGUAGAACCGUAUAGGGUUAUUUGGUUUGUCCCCAUAGGGGAACCCUUUUUGGUGAAAGGUAGAACGUUUUGCAGAGGGUUCUACCUAGAACCCUUGAUGUAGGGUUCUACAUAAAACCCCCUGUUGUUCUACCAAGAACCCUUUUAUCUUUGAUGGGUUCUUCCUAGAACAAUCUCUGAACAGUUCCAUCAGCCUUAUUACCCUUAAAAAUUAAACUCUUUAUGACAAUACAUUAUGUAUCAUAAGAUCUUUCUUUGAGGGCCUAGUUAUACCCUAACACAGUGGCGUUAGGAAACUCUUGGUUUACAGGCCAAAUCAGGCCAGGAAGUCACAUUAUGCUGUCUUGCAAAGUGAUUUGUAAUUCCUAUUAGAAUCCAGCCAGAGUGAGGAUAUCCAACAAUUAGAACUUUUAAUCACCAGCAACCUGCAUUCAGAAUGACUGCCACUGUAGGGAAGAUUGAUUAAUGGGACUACCUCAGUAACGGGUGCAAUAAGUCCAACUACUUAGUUUAGAAUGUUUUUAUUUAUCUUUGUGUAGCAUAAGAUUAAUCAACCAAUCAAUGUACAUGCAAACACACAGAUAUUGAAACAAACAAUUCAGAAAAUUAACCUGCAAAAGGAGCAUGCUGGGAAAUAGGAUAAUGAUGGGCGUGGUUUUUUAUGUUUUUUCUCUACACAGUAAAAAUUACACACUCACACUCAACUCUGGUUAUUAACACCAACACUGAGGUUAUUUUACGCCACUGAGUGUUAAAGUAACUGUCCAGUGUUUCCAGAUUUAUAUUAAAUAUUACCUAUAAUUAAUUACAAUAUGAAUUUAAAUAGUUUUCCUUCCAGAAAAGUAUGUUAAAAAGAAGCUGUUCUGUGUUGGAAUGGUGUGGGCGUACCCCAACAACAGAAUGGUGUGGGCAUAUACUGGUCAUAAAAAAUAUAAAUGCCAGUAGCCCGCUUAUUGGCCAGCUCAUCUUCCUCAGGAGGAUGGCAUCAUCCUCUAUGACGAAAUAGCAAGCAUUUUUUAAAUGGUCUGUUUGAGAUACAAGUUUGAGGGGGAGUUUUUGAAGUGUUUUUUCUUCAGCUUAUGCUUUGGCCACAAGUAUGAGUAUAGGAUGAGUCAACAACAUUAUUUGAGGAUGAGUUAACAGGAUAUUAACUUUUAAAAGUUCGAUUUUCACUGGAUAGUUAGUUUAAGUUAAUUUAACUCCUGAAUCAACACUAGAAAUGUUAUAUUGAAAAAUCAACACUAGGUAACACUGGCAAAUUUGCUGUGUGUACAAUGCCUUCAGAAAUUAUUCACACCCCUUGACUUUUUCCACAUUUUGUUGUGUUACAGCCUUGCCUACACACAAUACCCCAUAAUGUGAAAGUGUAGUUAAUAAGUAUUCAAACAUUUUGUUAUGGCAAGCCUAAAUAAGUUCAGGAGUAAAAAUGUGCUUAACAAGUCACAUAAUAAGUUGCAUGGACUCUGUGUGCAAUAAUAGUGUUUAACAUGAUUUUUGAAUGACUACCUCAUCUCUGUACCCCACACAUAUAAUGAUCUAUAAAGUCCCUCAAUAGAGCAGUGAAGCUGCAGACAUUGAAUAUCCCUUUGAGCAUGGUGAAGCUAUUAAUAACACUUUGGAUGGUGUAUCAAUACACCCAGUCACUACAAAGAUACAGGCAUCCUUCCUAACUCAGUUGCCGGAGAGGAAGGAAACCGCUCAGGGAUUUCACCAUGAGGCCAACGGUGACUUUAAAACAGUUACACAGUUUAAUGGCUGUGAUAGGAGAAAACUGAGGAUGGAUCAACAACAUUGUAGUUACUCCACAAUACAAACCUAAAUGAAAGAGUGAAAAGAAAGAAGCCUGUACAGAAUAAAAAUAUAACAAAAAAUGCAUCCUGUUUGCAAUAAUGCACUAAAGUAAAACUUUAAAAAAUGUGGCAAAGAAAUUGUCCUGAAUGCAAAGCUUUAUUUUUAGGGCAAAUCCAACACAACACAUCACUGAGUACCACUCUUCAUAUUUUCAAGCAUGGUGGUGGCUGCAUCAUGUUAUGGGUAUGCUUGUCAUCGGCAACGACUAGGGAGUUUUUUUGGAUAAAAAUAAACGGAAUAGAGCUAAGCACAGGCAAAAUCCUAGAGGAAAACCUGGUUCAGUCUGCUUUCCAACAGACACUGGGAGACAAAUUCACCUUUCAACAGGACAUUAACCUAAACACAAGGCCAAAUAUACACUGGAGUUGCUUACCAAGACGACAUUGAAUGUUCCUGAGUGGCCUAGUUACAGUUUUUACUUAAAACGGUUUGAAAAUCUAUGGCAAGACUUGAAAAUGGCUGUCUAGCAAUGAUCAACAACCAACUUGACAGAGUUCGAAGAAUUUUAAGUAAAAUCAUGUGCAAAUAUUGUACAAUCCAGGUGUGCAAAGCUUUUAGAGAUUUACCCAGAAAGACUCACAGCUGUAAUCACUGCCAAAGGUGAUUCUGACACUCAGGGGUGUCAAUACUUAUGAAAAUGAGAUUUUUCUGUAUUUUAUUUUCAAUACAUGUGUAAAGAUUUCUGAAAACAUAUUUGAACUUCAUCAUUAUGUAUAGAUGAGUGAGAAAAAAUAUAUAUUUCAUCCAUUUUGAAUUCAGACUGUAACACAACAAAAUGUGGAAUAAGUCACGGGGUAUGAAUACUUUCUGACGGGACUGUAUAUGUAAAAUGAUUAAGGGAAUACAAGAUACAUGCACAAAUAUUCUCACACCUAUCUUUGUAAUCUUAUUAUAUUACUCAAACUCCUGAUGUUAAAGUUUAAACACUGAGAUAAACACUAAUGCUGAGGCACUAUUUAAUAGUUUUUUUUAAAUACAAUAAAAAAGCUUAUUCAGAUUCAGAAGGGUUCUAUGUAGAAUCCUUCUUGCCUUCCAAAGAAUCCUUCUUGCCUUCUAAAAAUCCUUCUUGCUUUCCAAACAAUCAUUAAAGAACCCUUUCUUCCAAAAACAGUUCUUAGGAUGAAAAAGGUUCUAGGUAGAACUCUUUGCCUUACAAAGAACCCAUGUCUUCAAAAAAAAGUGUUCUUCAGAUGAAAACGGUUCCUGGUAGAAUCCUAUCCCUCCUCAGAUAACCUUUUGGAACCCUUUUUUCUAAGAGUGUACAUAGUUAAGCCAACCACCAUGUUUGCAUAAGUUAUGAUCCCACUACAUAUCAGAGAGAAUCUCAAGUUGUUGUUGUUUGUUUUUCUUUAUGUUAUGUUUAUUCAUCAUUGCCAUCGAUACACACACUCAAGUGAGCCGUGAAACUGCACAAUUACAUACAAUGUCCCUGGGACAACGUCUGGUGUUGGGAUGCAUCUACUGCUUGUCCCCGUAUAGGCUUGACGGUCAUUCUGUUGUUAUGAGUUGUUCUGAGUAAAGCCAUGCCUAAGAUGUAUGUCUAGUUGUCUACAUAUGUCCCACCAGUCAACUCCUAGUAGAACCUCUACUGUGCAUCUGAUGUCCACUAUAGCCAGUGCACCUAAUCAUUUAUGGUUUCUCCCAAUGCAUGCAGUUCGGCAGAAUGUCUCAUCCCUAGGUGUUGCUAACCGAAACCAAGGUAGGCUAUACCUCCAACUAAGAUUAAACAUAUCUCUUUACAGAUCUACUCAUAUAUACAGUAGUUAAACAGUGACUGUACUCGCCGUGACAGUUGAGACCAGAUCCACCAGGAGGGAGUUUUUCUGUUGAUCUGUGUCAAAAGCCUUAGUGAUCUAGAUUUUAUAAACUUGAAAAAAAAAGAUACAAAAAAAAUUGACAAAAAAAAUGUAUUCUCUGUAUCUCUUUUUCGUGAAAGAGGGCUUUGGCACCUUUGAAAUGGGCAAGUUUGAUUCCUGGCAUACUCGGCAGACAUGCAUGAGCUGCAACAUGCUGUGACUCUGUUACAAUAUCCUCCUCCCCUCCACUAUUUGAGCCCCAAGAUGCGGAAUCUCUCCACAAGAGCAGGACGACGAUAGGCGUUCAGUCUUUCUCUCUCUCUCUCUUCCAUCCCGUUUCAAUAUCCUUAGAUUAUCCCCUUCGUUUUAAUUAGGUGUGGCGCUUCUAGGGAUUCUAGAAUCCUAUCUGGGCUCGGCGGAAGAAAAUAGGGCGAUUUCACAGAGCGGUUUAUGUAGAUUGAUUUCAGGCAAUCUCAAGUUGAUCCAUUGUGCUGAUGUGCUGUGGCUGUGGCGACCGUUUUGCAAACAAACUGCACAUGUAUUUCCAUACAGAGCUCUACCCAAGCGGAUGUAGAGAUGUAGAGCCCUCAAACUCAACUCUGGACCUCGAAGCCAGUUUCACUGCUUUUUUUCAUUCUCUCCCUCUAAUCAGGGACUGAUUUAGACCUGGGACACCAGGUGUGUGCAAUUCAUUAUCAGGUAGAACAGAAAACCAGCAGGCUCCAGACCUCGUAGGGUAAGAGUUGAGUACCCCUGAUAUAGAGGGUAUAGUGUUUAUAUCAGGGCUGCCCAACCCUCUUCCUGGAGAUCUACUGUCCUGUAGGUUUUCAGUCCAACCCUAAUUUAGCAUAUCUGAUUCAGCUAGUUAAGGUCUUGUUGAGCAUCUAAUAAGUAGAAUCAGGGGUGUUAAAUUAGGGUUGGACUGAAAACCCACAGGACGGUAGAUCUCCAGGAAGAGGGUUGGUCAGGCAAGAACAUGGGAGAGCAUGUGAGAGGGGCUCAGUCAGGGUUGACCAUUGUUUCACCUCCAGUUUGUUUGCUUGUUAUCUGAGAUGCGGGCAGCAGUAGGAUUGUGGGAUUGUUGUGUGCCGCGCCAGUGAGCCUCGACCCUAUGCCCCGAUGAACAGACCUAUGGGAAAUUAUCCCACUGGGCUUUCCUAAAGGAAGUGUGGUGUUGGUACGUUGGGAGAAUGUAAUACCAGAACAGAACACUACUGUUCAUCUACGUUGUGACGACGAUAGCAUGGUGUUGUUGGACUGUCUCACCGGGUUUGGAUACUAAUGACAGUCAGGAUUGUUCAGAAGGAAUCAUUCAUAAAAAUAAGAUUGUACCCUCCUCUACUCCUUUUUCUAUAUGACUGAUAACCUUGUCUCUUCCAAAUGGUAAACUUGUGUAGAUUCCAUGCAACAUGAUUCAACAGACUGCAUCUGUAAUUGUCAGGGCAACCACACUUUAUGCCACAGUCCUAGAAUGUUAUUCUAGAACUUCUUCUUCUUACAGUGCAAUGAUGGUGGACAUUGUGUGGGAAUUAAUUCCUCUAAUAUUUACAGUCUCAGAAUAUAACACAAAAUAUAUAGGAUCACCUAUCUCAUUGUUCAUUUAAUAAUUCAUGUCAGACCAUCUUUACUGUAUGUUUAUUUCAAACUUUUUUGUACUAUAGUGAAAAAAUAUGAAUGUGUAUGAUUCUCAGUUCUUUAACACUUCUGAACAUUCUAUUAUUUAAUGUUUAACAAAAUAUAUCAUGCUUUUGUUUAUUUAUUUGUUUGUUUUUCUUCUUUUUUUAAUUUGUCCAGUAGCUCCUCAAGUUGCUUUGUCAACUGUCCCUUCAGUUCAAGUUGCAAACAGCAAGCGAGGUAGGAGGUUCUCAGAUUCAUACAGUGCCCCCCCUGCGUCAGCAGUUGUCAAAAGCUAUGUCCCCACUGUAUGAAUCUAGAAUGACCUGUGUAUGUGCUACUUUAGGCACCUAACCCAACCCUACCCCUGUAGUACAUUGUAGUACUAAUCCACAACUAUCCCCAUGAACUAUGACCAAUGUGCACUCUGUAUCCAUAAAGAAUGGGGUUUGCUUUGCGGUGUGGAUAUGUGGUACACAUAUAGUAUAUAUUUCUGUAAAGGGUGCAUGAUCCUGUGUCUAUCUACAUCUAGUGUAAUCAUUAUAAGUGCUAUUGAAUAUAAUUAUUCAAAGUACACAAUAAUAAGGAUAGUCUGCAACAUAUCAUUGUAAUGCCUCACAUAAAUAUUCUAGAGUAUGUUUCGGAGACCUUACUUUAGACAUGAUGAACCCUAUUUUUCAAUCAGGGAGAGUAUUGGUCUUCUAAGAGUAGGUUUCAGAGAAGAUAGCAUAAAUGUUAUGAGAACUUCUAUUAACUGUGGAACUUGGCAGCAAAUAGACCAGAACAUAUUAUUUUCCUUGAAUAUAGUUAAAUAGGCUAGCUAGGCCACUGUCUUUCAUUUCCAAGGCUCAAUGUCUUUUGUGGUGACCGACGGAAAGACCUCAAUCCAGAACUUAAUAACCACAAUCCCUUCCCAAAGCCCCUGUAACUCAGAGAGGGCUGUCUGUCCAACUGCCUGUAACUCAGAGAGGGCUGUCUGUCCAGCUGCCUGUCUGCAAAGGCUUAAGAAACCCAUCUGACCCAGCGUGAAAGUUGGUGUCAGCAGUCGCUCCACAAGACAGAUUGAACCCAGCUCCAAGGCUGAUCUGGGCCGGUGUCACACACAAGGCUCCACUUGGACGUGACCGCCUUUGAUUGGCAUGCCUGCCCGACUUCGUGGGACUAAGCAGUAGGCACAGGGCGUAGCCUGACUCCCAAUCUGGGAGCUAAUACUACACAAUACUACACAACACUACACAACACUACACAACACACAACAAUAUGCUCCCCUUGUCACAUCUCUGCAUACUUUCACCUGCUUCUCAUGCAAAGUACUUUUUUGUUGCAAGGUAUUUAUUGGCUGGGAUGGGUGUCAGGUGGCGGAGUGGUGGGUAGGACAUGUAGCAACUCUUCCUCAAAACACCCAUCUGGUUCUCUAUAGAAAGGACAGUUAUGUAUUUCCAUUCAUGUUUUUCUUUAAAAGUCAUAGUUGCAUGCUCUGUGGUUUAGGAUUACAGUUCUGUGUGAAUGUAAUAACAAUGGCCUGUGGAUUACACUGUUGCUACAAAGGUACCUGCUCCUCUCUUCCUCCUAUUCUCAAAUUGAACACACAGUAGGACAAAUAAAGCCUGAACUAAUCUAGAUGUACAUUUCAAACAGUGUGGAGUUGCGCACCUAUGCCUUGCCCAGAUUGAAAUUACAUCCCAACUCAACUCAUCUCAUUUGACCUGUCUUGUACUGUGUGGUCUAGUCCCCAUGAAACCCUGUUUUUGUGCCAUUCCAGAAUCAGAAUCCAACUCAUCCUUCCAUUGUGGUGUGCUUGAAGUGAACGUCUCUUACUCUCUCCCUCUAACAACAUGCUUUCUCAUAGCCCCAGGGUGAACUGACGUCUAAUACCACUGGCUGCAUCCGUCCAUGCCUGACUUGUCAUACUGUACCCCUCUCCACCUCCUCCUAACCUAACAUUGUCUCAAUGUCAACCCCAAUCUCUCCAUCCUAACCUCGCAUGUGAUGGUGCCUCCUCGCUCUACCUUGCUACUACCACCACCGCCGCCCGCCGUAGCACACGCCCUGCGCAACACAACCCAACCCCCACCUCAACAUGGUCUCUUGGUCUCUCUCCAUCCUUCCUUCUUUGCAAGACUGCGAAUGCUUCGGCCACUCCAACCGCUGCAGCUACAUCGAGCUGCUAAACUCCGUCAUUUGCGUGAGCUGUAAGCACAACACUAGGGGCCAGCACUGCCAGGAUUGCAAGCAGGGCUACUUCCGAAAUGCCUCUGCAGAGCUGGAAGAUGAGAAUGUGUGCAUAGGUCAGUUCCCUCACCACUGUCUGUCAUCAUCAGCACUGCUUAUACCAGCUGACCCUCUACGUGACCCCACCCCGUUUCAACCACCGUAUCCUUCACCUUUCACCUUUCACCUUAGUGCGUCAAACCUCCAAACUCCUGCCUCAUGUUUUUCACUGUCUCUUUUCCUGUUGCUGUCUGGGUCCUGUCGUUCCUCACUUGCUUCUGUCCAUAUGAUUGUGACAUCACACGCUUCCUUCUCCACAGGGCUUAUGUAUUAAACUAAUUGUUAGUCAUCACAAUCACAAGGUUUUACAUUAAAGAGUAUUACUCAUAAAUGUGUACUGCUAUGGACAUACUGUACUUUUUCUAAACUGAUAUGAAUUUUACCAGAUUAUAUUUUGACACUCAGGAUGGUUUUGAAGCUGUCUAUGUCAUGAGAGGUUUUUUAUUUCAGUUCAUUUAAAAUAAACGAUAAUUCCAAAUGCUGGUUAUGUACACUACAUGACCAAAAGUAUGUGGACACCUGCUUGUCGAAUAUCUCAUUCCAAAAUCAUGGGCAUUAAUAUGGAGUUGGUCCCCCCUUUGCUGCUAUAACAGCCUCCACUCUUCUGGGAAGGCUUUCCACUAGAUGUUGGAACAUUGCUGCGGGGACUUGCUUCCAUUAAGCCACAAGACCAUUAGUGAGGUCGGGCACUGAUGUUGGGCGAUUAGGCCUGGCUCGCAGUCGGCGUUCCAAUUUAUCCCAAAGGUGUUCAAUGGGGUUGAGGUCAGGGCUCUGUGCAGGCAAGUCAAGUUCUUCCACACCGACAUCGACAAACCAUUUCUGUAAGGACCUCGCUUUGUGCACAGGAGCAUUGUCAUGUUGAAACAGGAAAGGGCCUUCCCCAAACUGUUGCCACAAACUUGGAAGCACAGAAUCAUCUAGAAUGUCAUGUGUGCUGUAGCGUUAAGAUUUCCCUUCACUGGAACUAAGGGGCCUAGCCCGAACCAUGAAAAACAGCCCCAGACCAUUAUUCCUCCUCCACCAAACAUUACAGUUGGCACUAUACAUUGGGGCAGGUAGCGUUCUCCUGGCAUCCACCAAACCCAGAUUAGUCCGUCGGACUGCCAGAUGGUGAAGUGUGAUUCAUCACUCCAGAAAACGCGUUUCCACUGCUCCAGUGUCCAAUGGCAGCGAGCUUUACACCACUCCAGCCGACGCUUGCCAUUGCGCAUAGUGAUCUUAGGCUUGUGUGCGGCUGCUCGGCCAUGGAAACCCAUUUCAUGAAGCUCCCGACGAACAGUUAUUGUGCUGACGUUGCUUCCAGAGACAGUUUGGAAAUCGGUAGUGAGUGUUGCAACCGAGGACAGACUAUUUUUUACGCACUACGCGCUUCAGCAUUCGGCGGUCCCGUUCUGUGAGCUUGUGUGGCCGUUGUUGCUCCUAGACGUUUCCACUUCACAAUAACAGCACUUACAGUUGAUCGGGCAACUGUAGCUGGGCUGAAAUUUGAUGAACUGACUCGUUGGAAAGGUGGCAUCCUAUGACGGUACCAUGUUGAAAGUCACUGAGCUCUUCAGUAAGGCCAUUUGACUGCCAAUGUUUGUCUAUAGAGAUUGCAUGGCUGUGUGCUCGAUUUUAUACACCUGUCAGCAACGGGUGUGGCUGAAAUAGCCGAAUCCACUCAUUUGAAGGAGUGUCCACAUACUUUUGUAUAUAUAGUGUAUGUGUCACAAAUAACCACAAACACAUAGGAAUCUGUUCUAAGCAUGUUUACCUUCAUGCAUAUUCUAUAAGUAGGUCCCUGUGUUUUGCGCAAUCAUGUGACAUAGCAACAUUUUAUCCUGUAUUUUAAGCCUUAUCCAAAAAUGAGAAUUACACCAAAAAUGAAAGCAGUUGUCUGAGGAUGGUGCUUAACCAUCUGAAUCGUAAAACAAAGGGUGCAGUUUGAUGAAAAAGCUUUAAAUAAAGGUUAAAAUCCAGGCAUGUCACAUGAUUGUGCAAAACACAGGACCCUAUAAAAAAUUAUAUGAAACUAUGCCUUUCCAUCCGUGUUAGUGUGUAGUGCGUAGUGACUCUGCACCCUACACAUGCACAUAGCACCCAGGAAACAUCUGUUGCCCCUCGCCCUCUGACGUUCUGAUCUGGCUGUGGAAAACUGAAAAUAUUAAACCCACCCUCCACCCCAUAUCCAGGUGUCUCUUCCAGCCUGAAGUAGAGUCUAACGAACUCGCACACUCCACGCGUAAACCCAGAUGUGUCGGAGCGAAGUCAGAUUAGCAGGACGGCGAUGGCAAUCACAGCAUAUGUCACUGUGGAAGUGCUAGGCUCCGCACAGAAAUAGCAAUGCAAUUCCAGUAGAAACCUUUAUAGGCUGCAUCUGAAAUAGCACCCUAUUCCUUAUAUAGUGCACCUGAAAUGGUACCCUAUUCCCUAUAUAGUGCACUACUUUUAACAUCAUACCUAUAGGGAAUAUAGUGGCAUUUUGGACGCACCCAGAGUCAGCGAGGUGUUGCCUUGUGUAUAAUCCUUUACCCUUACCCAUCAUAACACAUCAGUAGAAGUGUUAUCACAGUCAAACCAGUACUCAAAUAUCAAAUCAAACUUUAUUGUUCACAUACAUGUUUAGCAGAUGUUACUGCGGGUGUAGUGAAAUGCUUACAAAUAUAUCUUCCAAAUGCUGCAGAGCUAUAAGGUUACCAUACAGAUGGGGUAGAGGAGAGCCUUGUAAGGCUUCUAUGUUCACAAGCAGGAUUUGGAAAGAGCUUUAACUGUUGAUAAUGGUAAAGAUAUGGCCAUUUUUGGUGUGGCUAAUGAUGGUUGUUUUGUUCACACAUUAUUCUACCAAGACAAUAUCCACUUAUAGUAUUAAUCAAAUAAGCAGUUUACAAUAAACAUAUUUGCCCUGUAGUUUUCUCAGCAGGGUUGUAUUCCCAUUAAAUGUAAGUGUGGACCAAAUGACUAAUUGGAAUUUCAUAGUUUUGGAAUGACUUGAAAUGUCUGGAGACAACAUGUAUUACAGUACAACAAUGCCUAUUUCAAUGUUACCGUGCCACUUUCCUCACAUUUCAAACAUUCUCUGAAUCAUACUGGACAAGUCCAAGCUAUGUAAAUCCUUUCUUGUACAUUUAUCAUGUCAUUCCUAUGGCAUCUCUUUGUAUGUCUCCACUGUCUCUGUCUCACCUCCUCUGUCAUCAUGGUUUCCCUCUAACUUUCAUGUCAGAAACGGGUUAAUGUCAGAGAGAAAAUGUGUAGUCUUAAUGUCAUGUCAUUUUUCAAAUAUGGCUACCAUAUUUAGGUAAAUAAGGUUUUGCUUAUUGCACUAUAAAUGUGACUUGUUAAAAUGCAUAAAAUGUUCUAGAAAAUAAUGAAUCACUUUAAAUGAUCCAUACAGUGCUUAAUGUCUAAUUUCCUUCAAUCACUCUUUGUCUUCAUUUCACGUCAUUACUUUUGAAAUGGUAGCAUUUCUUCUGUAAGUGAUAGCUAAGUAAUAUGUUACUUAGAAAUUAGAUCUCUGUUACUCAAUGAGCCUGUCUAUGGUAGUAAAAGGUUGUAGCUGCUGUAAGAAGCCAAAGCACCACCCUGUUCUCCAGCAUGUGUGUGUCUUGUUUCUACAGACUGUAGUUGUAAUCCCUCUGGCUCAGAGAGUGUUCGCUGUAAUGGCACAGGAUUUUGUAAAUGUAAGGAGGGAACUACAGGGGCUAAGUGUCGAGAUUGUCUGCCGGGAUAUUUGUGGGACAAUGGCUGCAAAUGUAAGUAGAACCACACCCCUACUCUUGUAACUUUGCUCGGACCCCAACCUGUACCUCUCGCUAUCUCUCUGUCUCUCUACCUCUAUCCUAUCUAUGUCUCUAUUCCUCUAUCUCUCCCUCUUUCUCUACCUCUUACCAUCUUAUCUUAUUCUCUAUUUCUACUUUUUCGCUGCCACUGCUUGGUCAUGCAAGCAUGUGCAGCUUUGAAUGUCCCCACUCUUGUGGGGAGUAGGCCUAUGGAUUUAACCCUGACUAACAUUGACUAACCAGAAAUGAGCCUUUUCAAUGAUUCCACCUGAAUUUAAGACUCAAGGUUGUGCCGCUAUAAAUGCAGAGAUUUAGACUUAAACCAUUUUCUCUCAGCUUCUACUGGUAGAUGCCAGUCAGUCAGGGAAGCAACCACGCUUUGCAUUUGGAUGCUUUGUAUUCAGUUAUUCAGUGGCGUUAAAGAGCUGAAACCUACAACAGCUGAGCUAAUAUUGACUGGCUGUAGCAUGACAGGGACUGCUGGUGAUCUGUUUGAGCAGCCCUCUCCUUCUCUCCGCCAUCACUGUCUGUUUUACGCUCAUGUCCAGAUAAUGAUGGUCAAUGCCAGACGUGA